GCUCUCCCCGAGCCCCAGCCCCAAGGAAGCCAGUGCAUCGAACAAGACUGUUUUGCGCUCUUCCGGGGCCCUGCCACCUUCCUCGCCGCCAGCCAGGUCUGCGAGCGCCUGCGGGGCCACCUGAUGACCGUGCGCUCCUCGGUGGCCGCUGAUGUCAUCUCCCUUCUAUUGAGCGGCGGCGGCGGGGGCGAGAGCCCGCGCCUCUGGAUUGGCCUGAAGCACCCGCCAGGCUGCAGCGAUCCGGGUCACCGGGGCCCCGCAUCAGGUGAGCCGUCGUGGGAGGAGCAGCAGUGCGCCACCGAGGCCGAUGGCUUCCUCUGCGAGUUCCACUUCCCAGCCUACUGCAAGCCUCUCGCGGUGCGGUCCGGUGCCCCGGCGACCGCCAGCAUCUCAGUCAACUACAGCACCCCGUGCGACAAACGCUGCCAGCACUUAUGCCACCGCAACCCCGACGUGCCCCGCGGCUACUCGUGCAUGUGCGAUGUGGGUUACCAGCUGGCUGCGGACCAGCACGGGUGCGAGGACGUGGACGACUGCAUGCAGGUGCCCAGCCCAUGCCCUCAGCUCUGUGUCAACACGCAGGGCAGCUUCGAGUGCCGCUGCCAUCCUGGCUACGAGCUGGUGAACGGCGAGUGCGUCGAGUCUGAGGACCUGUGCCUGGGAAAUAACUGUGAGUACCAGUGCCAGCCCCUGAAGGAGACGGACUCCCCGCCGUACCGCUGCAUCUGCGCGGAGGGCUUCGUGCCCGUGCCCCACGCCCAGCACGAGUGCCAGAUGUUCUGCAACCAGACUGAAUGCCCAGCCGACUGCGAUCCCAACUACCCGGACACCUGCCGGUGCCCCGAGGGUUACAUUCUGGACGAGGGCUCAGUGUGCACCGACAUCGACGAGUGCGCCAAUGGCAAUUGCAUCAACGCCCUUUCCUGCAAAAACCUCCCUGGCACCUAUGAGUGCAUCUGCGGGCCCGGCAUGGUCAAGACUGGCAACGACUGUGACCCCAUCCCCGUGAUUGGAGGCGGCGGCGACGACGGGGGCUCUGGGGAGCCUCCGGUCAGCCCGACACCUGGCGUCACCUCCAGCCCCAGGCCUGCAGGCUCCGUGCACUCUGGCGUACUCAUUGGCAUCUCCAUCGCGAGCUUGUGUCUGGUGGUGGCGCUUUUGGCGCUCCUCUGCCACCUGCGCAAGAAGCAAGGCGCCAUGCAGGCUGAGCUGGAGUACAAGUGCGGGGUCCCCUCCAAGGAGGUGGUGCUGCAGCACGUGCGGACAGAGCAGAUGCCUCAGAAACUCUGAGGGGUCUCCCUCCCUGGCCCCAGGUGUGGGCUUGGCCCUAACCUGGCCUCUUCCCCCGGCCUUACUCCCGGGCUGUCUCCAAAGCACCUUAGCUGGCAUCAGAACUGGAGGAGACCCCCAUCCCUUCUUUUGCUGACGCCAGGAAUGGCUGGGGAGGAGGGACUGGAAGGAGGAUGCACCCCCGUUACUUCCAUGAUGUCACCAGACUACUUACUGGGCAGAGACGGCAAUUUUAAAAUGAAUAUGGAGAUUGCAAAGUUCCCCGUGCCCUGCCUUCUGUAAGGCAGGAGGGGUAAGCACUAUUGGGCAGACUGUGAUCCGAUGGACUAGUGAGUGCGAUUGUGUCAUGUUGAUGACUAAGAUAUUUAUUUUUUUAAGUAUUUAGGACUUUUUGUUCUAUUUUCCCUACCUGUAUGUCUUCAUCCCCACAUUGCGUCCCUCCCUACCUUCCUGCUCUCUUUCUCACCUCCCCUAUCUAUGUAUUUAUAUACUCCCACUUGUCAAGUGGUAGUUAAACUAUGUUGGUGAAUUGUUUUUUUCCCCCAGCCUCUCACAUUUAUGAAGCCAAGCCACAUUUCCCCCUCUCAUUCCUCCCAAUUUUCCCUUCCCAGGAACUGGGCCAACCCCUCUGAGUCACCUUACCUGCAUCUGACUCUACUUCUACUUUUAGCUGUCUGCCUAGGGCCUAGGGGGCAGAGCUCUUAGGUGAAACAGAGCAAAAACACUAAAAAUAAGAAUGGCUGGGCAUUUGUUCUUUCACCAGAUUUGCGAAUUUAUCCUGAAGUUUCAUGCUUCCAGGGCCAAUAUCAUUUUAACAAAGGUUAAGAUAUGAGAGGCAUUUGUUAAAUUAAUGUUGCUGGACUGUCUGAGAAAGUCAACCCAAGGAGUUUUUAUUUUUAUUUUUUAAACAGUGAGCCUGGGUUUUAUUAUUGGUGUUGUUUUGAUUUGGACUGAAAGGUAGUCAUUGUUGUUAAGCUUUUAUGCAGUUUCCUUUUUCAUUUUUAUUAUUGUUGUUGUUAUUGUUAUUUUUAACAGUGUUGGAAUGUUCACAUGAUUGCUCUAGAUUGAAAGCAAAAGGAAUCAUCUCCCAGGAGAUAGUUUAAGAAAGUUAUGAGUUGCCUGAUUCAUGCCAAUCACCAUUUCGACUCACUGUUUUUGUCAUUUGCAGGCUAAAAUAAAACCAGCUUUACUGUUUUGGGGGCAUUUGGGAGUUUGGGGAUGGUACCUGGCGGAUGCCCAGGCCAGGCCCUCACCUUGAUCAGGCCCUUGAGAAUGUCUCCCACUUCAGAGGGGCCUUCUCACCUCAUUCACUUGGAACUUGCUCCCCACAAGUAAUGGGGGUUGCCUUUGCCCUCCCCCAGCAGCUGGUUAGAAAUGCAGAAACUUGGGCUCCAUGCCACCGACUCCAUGAGAAUCUGUAUUUUAGCAAGAUCUGCAGGGGGUUAUCUGCCAGUAUGGUUUGAGGAGAAUGGUUUCAGACAGCUUCCAACUUUUGGAAUUGAGUAUACGGGCAUCAGUAAUGAGUAGCAGGCCGAGUCAGGGCCUUUAUUUUCAAGAAACUGAGGAAUCUUAAUUUCCGGUGGAAAAAACUAGGUACACCCCUUAAGACAUCAUUAAACAGGGUUUUUGGUUCAACUAAGCUAGGAAUGAAAUUAUGAAUGGGAAAAAUGUGUAUCUUUUGUGACAAAGAUUUUUUUCUACUAUUUUGUAAACUCAGCAUAUUUGUACAUAUUUAUUUAUUGGAGAUAAACUAGAACACGGGCAAAACCCUUGCUUAUGACAUCACUUAUAGAAAAUAAACAAAUAACAGUGUG